AUGUCGGCCAAUAAGUAUAUAGGGGAUGUUCGUAGGCCGCGUAGCAGCGGAACGUCGGCGCACAGGCCAGAUGACUCAGAAACUGCAUUAGGCCGAUGUCUGCGCGAAUGGAUAAAAAACGAACAGCGCCGCGCCAUGUGCGGACGCAGGUGCCCUCAGUUCCCACAACCCUUUCAGACCUCGCCCCCGCUCCUCUCGGAAAACGAC